AUGGCAGCCGCAGAGCAUCUCACAAACCUUACCGCACUGGUCCUCGGCAACCUUCGAGAUCAGCAUGACUGGACCGAUGUCGAAGUUCGCAGUGAUGGGGAAAACCGACCGCGUCCCAUUAUGACCGGCCUCCCGCCUACUAGGCUGUAUAUGCACCCAGACGAACAAAUUGAGGCUUUGGAGCUGGAACAGUCCGCCGGCAAGCGCCCGAGCCAGACGCCCGAAUACGAGUGGGUUCUCCCCGUGCAUUUGAGUGAGCAAUGGACCCUGAGCUCUUUGGCUACGAUUUUCGACUCCAUCAACACUCUACCGCGGCAACUUGCACCAGGAAAUACUUCCAACAAACCUCCAAAACGGGAUUGGCGCGGUGCAGACCGCCAAAAAAGACUCCUUCUCGCUGUGGUCCACGAUGACUCGACGGUGUCCUAUUACCUCAUUCACGAUGGCAUUGUCAAGCCACGACAGAAUUAA